GCGUCAGAGGGCUCAGGGACCGCAGAGGAGCAGCACGCACCAGGACCCGCAUUGCUGAGACUAAAGUUCACCAUGGAGGACCAGCUGCUCUGCUGCGAGGUGGACUCCAUCAGGAGAGCCUACCAGGACGUGAACCUGCUCACGGACCGAGUCCUGCACACCCUGCUGCGCGCGGAGGAGAACUACCUGCCGUCUCCGAACUACUUUAAAUGCGUGCAGAAAGAAAUAGUCCCGAAAAUGAGGAAGAUCGUCGCCACAUGGAUGUUAGAGGUGUGUGAGGAGCAGAAGUGCGAGGAGGAGGUGUUUCCACUGGCUAUGAACUAUUUGGACAGAUUUUUGUCGGUGGAGGCCACCAGGAAGAGCCGGCUGCAGCUGCUGGGAGCCGCCUGCAUGUUCCUCGCAUCCAAGAUGAAGGAGACGGUUCCUCUGACGGCCGAGAAGCUCUGCAUCUACACCGACAACUCGGUACACCCCGGAGAACUGCUGCAAAUGGAGCUGCUGGUUCUGAACAAACUGAAGUGGGAUCUGGCUUCAGUCACGCCUCACGACUUCAUUGAGCACUUCCUGUCCAAGCUGGAGAUCCACCCGUCCACCAAGCAGAUCCUUCGGAAACACGCACAGACCUUCGUGGCUCUGUGUGCCACAGACGUAAACUUCAUUGCCAGUCCUCCGUCCAUGGUGGCGGCGGGCAGCGUGGUGGCAGCGGUUCAGGGACUCUACCUGAAGAGCCAGAACACCUCCCUUUCCUCCCAGAACCUCACCAACUUCCUGUCCCAGGUCAUCCGCAGCGACCCGGACUGUCUUCGGGCCUGUCAGGAGCAGAUCGAGUCCCUGCUGGAGUCCAGCCUGCGGCAGGCUCAGCAGCACGCUGUCAGCACGGAAAGCAAGCGCGUGGACGAGGACGUGGACCUGUCCUGCACCCCCACAGACGUCAGAGACAUCAACAUCUGAAGGACGGACCGCCGCGCUGCUCUGUGACCUUAUGAUGGAGGGAAAGCUGUCUACUGAGGGCCCAGUUUAGGGACGGGGGUGCCUUAUCUGAACUCAGCCCGCCCCCUGCCCCCCCCCCCCCCACCUGCCAACAUGGCUGACAUUUAACCUACAUGUCAGAAACAAGAUGGGACAUAGCACCCCCUGCCUCUCACUCACCCCGCAACAAAACCCAAAGUCUUAUUUCCUCCAGCACCAACCCCCCCUGCGGGAAAGAAAGAAAAAGAGAGAGAGGUGGCGAGCUGCGUGGGCUGGAGCCACGCCCCUCGUUUCUCCUCCAGAAUGACUGUAGGAAUCUAUUCACAGACUCCACUGACCGGCCUGAGCGUGUGCAGUAGGUCUGUCCACGUCUGACUCUGAUCCAGGGAGGAGCUAAUCUCAUUUUCUUCUGUUUCCACCGCCUGUCCAAGCUCCUGACAUAUCCCAGCAUGCUUUUCUUUAGUCACUUUAUGAUCUCUGACAUUAGACCUUCCCUUUAAAGUGUCUGACGCAGCGUUUGACCGCUCGCCAGCUUGUUUCACAACAUCUAACUGUUGCACAAAUAAGCAGGGCGGUCCACAGGCCGUCACAGGGCUGGGCGAAGAUCUGCAGGAGCGUUCAUGCAAUGCAUGCACUGGUAUGGAUUAAAGACCGCAACCAUGCAGUCAUGCAGCCAUGUAGUCAUGUAGUCAUGCAGCCAUGUAGUCAUGCAACCAUGUAGUCAUGUAGUCAUGCAACCAUGUAGUCAUGUAGUCAUGCAACCAUGCAGCCAUGCAGUCAUGCAGCCAUGUAGUCAUGUAGUCAUGCAACCAUGCAGCCAUGCAGUCAUGCAGCCAUGUAGUCAUGCAACCAUGUAGUCAUGUAGUCAUGCAACCAUGCAGCCAUGCAGUCAUGCAGCCAUGUAGUCAUGCAACCAUGCAGUCAUGCAACCAUGGAACCAUGCAGCCAUGUAGUCAUGCAACCAUGGAACCAUGCAGCCAUGUAGUCAUGCAACCAUGGAACCAUGCAGCCAUGUAGUCAUGCAGCCAUGGAACCAUGCAGCCAUGCUCGAUGGAGUCAGCGAGUAGAGUCCAUUCCAAACAUCCCUGCCUCUCCAGAACAGUCUUAUCUGUGCAGCACCAGUCCAUUCCAUCCUCUGAGCUGCACAGGUAGGAGGCAGGUCGUCGUUACUGCCAACCUGAGCAGUUUUCAUGGUUGCUUCUUAAUUCUUCUUCUAGGUAGAUCUGAAAACCAACUACAGCCAACAAACGGCAACUGUAAAAGUUGCCAACUAUGGCUGACUAUUUGGCAAAAUUAGAGGGAAAUAGCCCCCAACAACUCCAGCUUCACCAACAUUCCAUCUCCUGACUUAAAAGAGUCAUCCCAGUCUAACCCAAUCAGGGAUGGAAUCAGGAUGGUCAUGUGUCCAGUUGUAUUCGCCCAGCCCUACACUUUACUGCCCCCCCCCCCCAGUUUAACCAUUCCAACUCUAAAAAAGAAAAAAAGCACUUUUGGUCAGCGCUGCUGGUCGUCUGAAAAAAAUCACCGUUUUAAAACCAACAUGUCAAAGGAGCGGGCCGUCGGUGGGCCAGGUGUCUGCAGGUGGAGCGGUGCUCUGAUUGGACAUGAGAGGGACCUGAAUCUGUUCUGAAAACCAGACUGAAUGCUGCUCGUCGUGCCGUAAACCCUCACAGAGCCGCCGUUCUUCUGAUGCUGCCUCACGGGUCGGAUUUUAGUCUGGCCGGUGUUUCAGACCGGCAGUGAUGUCCCACUUCCCUCCCUGUAGAGGUCCAAGCAUAAAAAGAAGUAUUAUAGCUGAAAUAAUACUUUAUUUUUAUAUAGUAUUAUUUAUUUUUCUAGCUCGUCGUCUCCCCCUGCUGUCCUGAAAAUCCGUCAAACGAAAAACCGGCCUGGAUCAGCAGGACGGCUCAGACGCUCUGGCUCACGGAUCCUUGGAGAAAAGUGUCGAGACUGUUGAAAUGAUUUUGCACAUAAAGGGGGGGCUGUGUUUCAUGGAGGGACUAAGAGGAGCUGAAAGACAGCAGAAGAGGCAGAAUGGGGAAGAAUCAACACAGAGGUGUGUCUUCAUGCUGUAGGGUUCCUGUCAGGGUUCCUGCACGGGAAGGGAAGAUGGACAAGUGUCUCUGCAGACCCAGAUCCUUAAUGUGUAGGAACCUGCAGUAGGAACCUGCAGUAGGAACCUGAAGUAGGAACCUGCUCUAAGAGCCUACUGUAGGACCCGGCUCUUGGUUUCUGAUUGUUCAUCACGGAUAGAGAGUAGAAGGUGAAACACUCCUUGUUUCCGCUGCUAUAGAGAAAAAUCCCAGCUACGUGUUUUUGAAAAAAGACAAAAAUGAAACAGAAAGGAUGAAACGAUGCUUUUCUCUUGUUGUUUGCUGCUACUUUUUUAUACAUGUCAAUAUACUGCCAUUUUAGGGUUGAAUUUUCUCAUAGAAAAUCGUGUUAUUGACAUCCUCAUUUAUAUGUAGACUCUAUGUGUUUUGUUGAGAAUGACUUUGAAUAUUUUCAGAAUGAUUCCAAAAAAAGGAAAGCUGUACAGAAAUGCUUUGAUCCAGGAUACCUCAUGUGACAGUCCAUGCUAUCUCUGAUCUCUAGUCUCUUAUUGUGGACUUCUUCUCUGAUUCUAGUGUUGGCUCUGUUAGGAUGUCAGAAUGGUGCCAUAACAGAAAAUGGGAUCUGUAUUACUCUGUUGAGUGUUAAGCUGUCUCGCUAAAAGAGACUUUAUCCCCCUCUAGGCCCAUAGCGGCCUACUCUCCUCCCCUUUUUAUAUUUAUAAAAGAAAGAUGGCUUUGUGCUCCGAUUCUCAGACCGUCAGUCCGUUGUACAUAGAUCCAGUAAGCCAUAGACGACUCUUCUUUUGUUUUUAUGAAUCAUUCCACACACUCAUGUCAACUGGGACAAACGGUGUGUUCAUAUCUGUGUCAGCUACACAA